AUGUCCGAAAUCCGUGAACAACGGCCCGCCGCCCAGGGCGGCGUGGUCUCCAACGAGAAGGCCGAGCCCUUCGUCGACGCUCAUCCCGAGGGCACCGACUACAACGAGCACGUCGAGAUGGAGCUCAACGUCACCGAGGACGAUCUGCUUGAGGCCAAGGAGCUCGCUUCGCAGAUGUCCCUUGAGGAGGUUCGCGAGAUGAUGUUUAACGUCCACAAGAUCCACGAGAAGGACCCCAACUUCCCGCUCGUCAUUAUCGAGAAGAUUGAGGCUUUCCUCCAGAACGACGACGUCUUCGAGAACCCCGAGAAGCACGAGACUCUGAUCCAGGAGAUGAAGCUUGAGGCCGCCCUCAUCACGGGCAACUCGCCCUACUCUGAGGUGCGCGCCGUCGUCGACAACCAUGACGACCCCACCAUGCCCUCGUCGACCAUUCGUGCGUGGGUUAUCGGUCUGCUCUUCUCCGCUCUGCUCGCCUUUGUGAACCAGCUCUUCUCCGUCCGCUACCCGUCUAUCACGAUUUUAGCCAACGUUGCCCAGCUGCUCGCUUACCCCUUGGGUAAGUUGUGGGAGAAGGCUCUUCCCGACGUCGGCUUCACUGUCUUUGGCUCCCGUAUCUCGCUCAACCCUGGCCCGUUCAACCGCAAGGAGCACAUGCUCAUCACGAUCAUGGCCAACGUUGCGUACAACAUCCCGUAUACUAACUACAUCAUCUGGACUCAGUUUUUCAACAUGCCGUAUGCCGCCAACUUCGGUUACCAACUCCUCAUUUCGCUGUCAACCAACUUCAUCGGCUACGGUCUGGCCGGUCUCUGCCGUCGUUUCCUCGUGUACCCCUCGUACUGUGUCUGGCCCGCGUCUCUGGUGACCAUCGCCCUGAACGCCGCCUUCCACAGCGACAAGAACAGCACCGUCGACGGUCCUUUCCGCAGUGUCUGGAACCUUAGCAGACAGAAGUUCUUCUACAUCGCCUUCGCUGCCAUGUUCGUGUGGUUCUGGUUCCCCAACUACAUCUUCACGGCUCUCAGCACCUUCAGCUGGAUGACCUGGAUCGCGCCCAACAACCGCAACCUGGCCACCAUCACCGGCUUCAACAGCGGUCUUGGAUUCAACCCCUGGCCCACUUUCGACUGGAACAUCCUUCUCUUCGACAACACUGAUCCCUUGAUGGUUCCCUUCUUUUCUACCUUCAACAAGUUCCUCGGAACUCUCAUUUCCGGCUUCGUCAUCAUCGCCGUCUGGUACACCAACACCUACAACACCGGAUACCUCCCCAUCAACUCCAACAAGGUCUACGACCAUUUCGGCAAGCUGUACAACGUGUCGCGCGCUGUCAACGAGCACGGCCUCUUCGACAAGGAGGCCUACGAGGCUUACUCCCCCCCGUUCCUGGGCGCCGCCAACACCAUGAUCUACAUGUUCUUCUUCGCCAUCUACACCGCCACCAUUACCUACGCCAUCCUCUACCACAGACAUGAGAUCGCCCUCGGCUUCAAGGCUCUGAUCGGCAGCUUCCGCAAGAACAGCGACAUCGAGAAGGACCAGGUCCUCGACGUCCACAACCGUCUCAUGAAGGUCUACCCCGAGGUCCCUGAGUGGUGGUACCUCCUCACCCUCAUCGUCGCCAUUGCUCUCGGCUGCGCCGGUAUUGCCGCCUGGCCCACGUACACCACCGUCGGCGUCGUCUUCUACGGUAUCAUCCUCUGCCUGAUUUUCGUCGUUCCUGUCGGUAUUAUCAAGGCCAUGACCGGUAUCGAGGUCACCCUCAACGUGCUUGCUGAGUUCAUCGGUGGUUCCUGGGUCGAGGGUAACGCCCUAGCCAUGAACUACUUCAAGUCGUUCGGCUACGUCACCUGCGCCCACGCCGUUUGGUUCUCCAACGAUCUUAAGCUUGCGCACUACGUGAAGAUUCCCCCUCGUCAUACUUUCUGGGCUCAGAUGGUUGCGACGCUCGUGUCUACCCUCGUGUGUCUCGGCGUCUUGAAGUUCCAGAUGACUAGCAUUCCGGGAAUCUGCACUGCCGAUGCCAAGUUCAAGAUGACCUGCCCCGGCAUCAACACCUUCUUCACCGCCUCUGUUCUCUGGGGCACCGUCGGUCCCAAGAAGAUCUGGGGUGCCGGUGGCCAGUACACUGAGACCCUCCUCGGUUUCCCUCUUGGUGUUGCCGUCGUCCUCAUCUUCUGGGGUCUCGGCAAGGCCUUCCCCCGCUGGAAGUGGAUCCGCCAGAUUCACCCCGUCGCCAUGAUGUACGGUGCUCUCGUCUGGGCUCCCUACAACAUGUCCUUUGUCUGGCCCUCCGUCCCCAUUGCGUACUUCUCUUGGGUCUACCUCAAGAGCCGUUUCCUUGGUUUCUGGUCCAAGUACAACUUCGUCCUCUCCGCUGCUUUCUCUUGCGGCAUUGCCAUCUCCGGCAUCAUCAUGUUCUUCGGCCUUCAGUGGCAAGAUAUUGAGGUUGACUGGUGGGGCAACAGCGUCGUGUCAGAAGGCUGCGAAGGCCUGGCCUGCCGUCUCAAGACACUCGCGGACGGCGAGUACUUCGGCCCUCGCAUCGGCGACUUCCACUAA